AUGGCCGGAAUCUUCGAGCAGCAGCGCAAUGCCGGAACUCUGUUCCUCGGCGGAACCAAGAUCAGCGGUCAGGACAUCCGCGACCAAAAUGUACUCGCGACGCAGGCAAUUGCGAAUGUCGUCAAAUCCUCUUUCGGACCCUCAGGUCUCGACAAGAUGAUGGUCGACGACAUCGGAGACGUGACCGUGACCAACGACGGCGCCACUAUCCUCAGCUUGCUCGACAUCGAGCACCCCGCCGGCAAGAUUCUGGUCGACUUGGCACAACAACAAGACAAGGAGGUCGGCGACGGCACUACAUCAGUUGUCAUAAUAGCGGCGGAGCUGCUACGGCGCGCGAAUGAUCUCAUGAAGAACAAGAUACACCCUACCACUAUCAUCACUGGAUACAGGCUAGCGCUUAGGGAAGCUGUAAAAUACAUGAACGAGAACAUCAGCACGAGCGUGGGACAGCUCGGUCGGGAGCCGUUGGUCAGCAUUGCGAAGACGUCCAUGUCGAGCAAGAUCAUUGGGUCAGACUCAGACUUCUUCUCCAACAUGGUAGUAGACGCCAUGCAGUCGGUCAAAUCCACCAACAACAGAAACGAGACCAAAUACCCCGUCAAGGCUGUGAACAUACUGAAGGCGCACGGAAAGGGUGUGACCGAAUCGGUAUUGGUCAAGGGCUACGCUCUCAACUGCACAGUCGCAUCGCAAGCCAUGACGACCCGCGUUACGGACGCGAAGAUUGCGUGCUUGGACAUCAACUUGCAGAAGGAGCGGAUGAAGUUGGGUGUUCAUAUCACCAUCGACGAUCCAGAGCAGCUCGAGAAGAUUCGGGAACGGGAGUCAGGAAUUGUUAUCGAACGGAUAGAGAUGAUCCUGAAGACCGGCGCGAACGUGGUCAUGACAACGAAGGGUAUCGACGAUAUGUGCUUGAAGCACUUUGUGGAGAAGGGUGCCAUGGCCGUACGGAGAUGCAAGAAGGAGGAUUUGCGCCGGAUAGCAAAGGCGACCGGCGCCACUCUUGUCAGCACCUUGUCAGAUCUCAACGGUGACGAGAAGUUCGAGGCGUCGUACUUGGGCUCAGCAGAGGAAGUCGUACAGGAGCGCAUCUCAGACGACGAAUGCAUCUUGGUCAAGGGUACGAAGGCGUUCUCAUCGGCAUCCAUCAUCCUGCGAGGCGCAAACGACUAUGCUCUUGAUGAGAUGGAGCGUUCCGUGCACGAUGCGCUUUCGGCCGUGAAGCGAACACUCGAGAGUGGGCGCGUGGUUCCCGGUGGAGGCGCGGUGGAAACUGCUCUACACAUCUACCUGGAGGAGUGGGCUACAUCUGUGGGUUCUCGUGAACAGCUCGCUAUUGCAGCUUUUGCCACUGCCCUUCUCGCCAUCCCCAAGACCCUUGCCAUAAACGCGGCGAAAGACUCCACAGAGCUAGUCGCCAACCUCCGUUCCCGACACGCGCUCUCCCAACGCACGUCUUCCGACCCCUCCACUCCUGAUAACGCGAAGCAGCUUGCCAAGUCGAAGAAUUAUAAGAACUACGGCUUGGAUCUUGUAAAUGGCAAGGUGCACGACUCCCUAAAGGCAGGUGUGCUGGAGCCGAGCAUGUCCAAGGUCAAGCAGUUGAAGAGUGCCGUGGAGGCGUGUGUUGCCAUCAUGCGUAUAGAUACGAUGAUCAAGUUAGACCCAGAAGAGAGAGGAGGAGAUGACGACGGCCACGGCCAUUAG